GUGGAGAGAAAGCUGCAUUAAAAGCUGCUGCUGCCGAAUGACCCACUCUAAAUGAGCCUCAACGAAGAAAAAAUAAGAGAAACAGCUUCAACUGAGAAAAAAGGUCUGUAGGAGGAGACUGAAGAAUCCAUGGCUCCCCAUCACAUCCGGAAAUAUCAGGACCAAGACAGGGAAGCUGUGGUGGACAUGUUCACUAAGGGAACACUACAUCACUUUCCUUAUGCUUUCUUCUAUCUGCUGAAGCAGCCCAGAAGCUUCCUGCUUCUGCUGGGGGUCCCAGGGGCUCUGUUUCUUGGGUCUGGCUCCCUCCUCCUGUCUCUCCUGGCUCUCCCAGGGCUCCUGGCCUUCCUGUGGCUCCUUGCUAGAUAUCCCUUCAGUUGGUACAUAGACAAUGCAUUGAGCACAGAUAUGAAGGACAUCAACAAAUUCUAUCUCAGUGACAGAGGAUCUUGUUUCUGGGUGGCAGAGUCAGAGGGUCAGGUGGUGGGUAUGGUGGGUGCCUACCCAGCACAAAAGACUUUAAUAGCACAGAAAUGCCUGGAGAUGCUACAUUUGUCUGUGAGACAGGAAUAUCAGGGCCAGGGCAUUGCCCAAUCCCUGACCAAGACUCUGCUCCAAUUUGCACAAGACCAGGGGUACAAUGCUGUGGUGCUCCGAACCCUUUUCUAUAAUUACCCAGCUCAAAGGGUGUAUGAAAAGCUGGGCUUCUGGAAAUCGCAUGAAGCCUUUGAUUCUCUGAAAUGGAGAGUGGUGGCCAUUCCUUUUUUCUACUAUGAAUAUUCAGUCCCUUCUUCACUCUGAAAGCUCCCUGAACUAUCUUUGCCUUUAGCCCUUUAUCUAUUGGCCCACAAUAGUGCUCUGUACACCAUCAGUGCGCAUUGAAGCCUGUUAACCACCAUUGACUUUCUCCCCUUUUAGCAAUAGGCCUUCUCCCAAACAAAGGGAUUAAAGAUGGGUAAAAUGACAGGAUCUCAGCAAUGGAAAGGACAUCACUGGCAUCCAGGCUAACCCAUUGUUAACCAGGAAUCCCUACCGCAGUGUACCUGACACCUUCUGCUCAGACACCUUCCAUGAGGGGGAAAUGCUUAGAAGGCCUCCCAUUCCAUUUUGGAUGGCUCUAAUGGGUAGGAAGAUUUCGUUUAAUGCUGCCUAAUCUCCUCUGUGGCUUCCCGGCCCCCCCCAACUAUCCAGUCAACCUCUCUA